UCGUACUUAAAAGGACUCUAGGAAGAAUAGUUAUAGGAGAUCUGAAUAAAACAAACAAACAAUUAGUUCAUCUGUCAUUUUGUUCAGCAUAUCAAAGUGUAACCUCCUUGAACACACACAUAAUCCUGGAGUUUUUCUUCUGCGUUUAAGCGGACUGAGCACAUGCAUAUGUGCGGAGGUUCACUUCAAACAUAGUUUAUUGAGACUCCUUGAUACGAGUGACUUUUACUGUAGGUUAAUUAAGUGACAUGAGUUCAUUUACAGGCUUUUCCAGUUUGUCAUUGAUCCUUACACUACCAACGUUGGCGUCAGUAGUGACCCGUAUGCAAAUAGGUUCACCUUUGUGUUUGUGUUUGGUAUCACUAACAUUUUUGCGUUUGAAAGGGUAUGUGCGGAUUGAUACAAUGAAGUGAAGGUGAUGUGACGAAAGAAUUAAGAUUUUUUUCGUGUGAGCUGACUAAGCAUGUGCACUUCCUCUGAAACUAGAAUGUUUAAUUUAACUCUGCAGGUGUUGCUGUUCAAGGCCACCAAAGCAAGAUUGGAAAUUUUUUUUGGUAUCAAAUGUUUGUGUUGAACUAUUUUGCGACCCUUGCGGACGUAUAUCAUCACGUUAAACGACCAAUGGCAGACAUUCAAGUCUACAAUUAAGGUUGCCGACAGUUGCUGUUAACAAUUCACCUAAUACGCGUUAUUAAUUUGCCAUCUUCACGAGUCAUUUAAUUGCGAGCGCCUUCGAAGACCUUUGAGAAUUCAAGAAGCUGUCUUGGAAGAAUAGACUGCGCUUAAAAGCGUCGUAUGCGCCCUUAAGCAAGCACUACAUCAUAUAACCAGGAUGGCAGGAUCAGCCAGGGAAUUUGAAGGAAUAACUGAUGAUGACCUACGCCACUUUGAUUUCGUCCAAACCUUACUCCACAUAUCCCAGUCUCUCACGAAGGAGGAGACCACAGACGUAAAACUGUUCUGUAUGCACCUCAUUCCGAAAGGCAAGGCGGAAAAACUCAGAAGGGCAGUGGACGUUUUCCGCGUGCUGAUUGAACUCCGCAAAAUAGACCGAGAGAACUUGGACUUCGUGGAAGAAAUCCUGGAAAGAAUCGGACGAGAAGACCUGAUCAGAGAUGCCCUGAGGCCGUUCCAACCGCCGGACCGAGAGAUUCCGGAAAACCCCGAACUUCAACCAAGAAUCAGCGCUGAGAACGGAAAUGAAGAAGGAAUUACAACGUCCAACACCUACUGGGUCGUGCACGGCCCAGCACAUAUGAUCCAGGAAACUCUUGAUCGAAACAGAAACAGCAUCGCAUCGCUGAUCGGCACCAGGAAGUCACAGGUCAAGUUCAGAGGGUACAAGAAGCACAAGAGCAUCCUGGUGCACUUCUCCGUUCCGCGGGAGAACACGGCGGUGCUGAGGCACAUGGCGGAUCACUCCGACCCGAGACUUGUGUACAUGGGCGUCAAGUCUCUGCAGAUCGAUGCAGAACGUCCCAUCAAAGUCACGCAAGGGGCAAUGUUGAAUGAUAUCAAAAGACAACGUCCAGUCGAUGACAUCGAAGUAGGGUGCAGUACCAAGACCAAGCAGCAGAGGGCACCACAGAGCUGGACAAGCCUGUCUGCCCUGAACCUGUUCUCGGACGCCCUGCCGCUCCAUCUGCAGGCAGCCGCGAGUCUGGAGUACCAGGGCUUCUCCUACAGCCUGGUCCGGGCUCUGGUGCAGAAGGAUCGGCUCAGAGAACACCAGAUGAGGCAGGCUAUCCAAAACUUCAGAAAGGCAGAAGCUGUGGACUCCGCAACGCUCAUGACCAUGCGCUCCAAGCUCACUAUUGCAGAGAACAGGUUGAAGGAAGCCCUUGAGACGAUCGAAGUUCUUGAGAAAGACCUCCAGCGUGCCCGCGAAUACGCAGAGAAGGCCGCUAAGCAGAUGACGUCGCGCCUGUCAGAUUAUACGGGAGAGAAGCCACCCGGAGGUUGGCCGCUGGAGUACAGAGGAGAGAAGUCUCCUGUUGGUUUGUCAACACAGGACGAGAAGGCAGAGGUAGCUACACAGACACACCUUGCGGACGAUAAUGGUAACGCAGGGAGACAAGCAGGCGUGGUAAAGGUGGUGCAAGUAUCGACUGAAGAGGCAGCAGAUGAGAGCGCUGCAGUGCUAGGUUUUGACGGUAGCAAAGAUCGAAGCGACACAGGAACAAUGGAGGAAACGCGACCCAUUAGGGCAAAGGGAGCAGCACUUGGUGCUAUUAGCGGAGAGAGGUGGAGGAAUACAUUUACUUUUGGUGAGCCGGGAAAAGAACCUGGUAAAUUCGACAACCCAUACGACGUUGUGGUGUCGCCUAGCAACGAGAUAUUUGUGGUCGAAAAGGGCAACAAACGAGUCCAAGUCCACGACACAGAGGGUGUCUAUCUCCGACACUUCCCAACACUGGUGCCUGGUGCAGAGGACGGAGAGAUGACACCGCAUGACAUUUCUAUCGAUGACAGCGACAGCACGGUGUGGGUAGUGGGAGACGACGGUAAAGCAAACCAUCACGUCGUUCAAUACAGCAAGGACGGAAUCGCCAUGAGGAAGUUUAGCCUCCCGAGGAUCAGGUAUUACCGAGGAAUUGCGGUGGACAGUCGCAGUCGCCACAUCCUGGUGACUGAGGCGGAUAGGGGCCAUGGUGAUGUGCAGGUGUUCCGCCCAGACGGCUCGCUGGUGAGGAGGUUCGUGCAUCCAGAAAUGCAGUACCCUCGGUACUUACUGUGGACUUGGACGGAAACGCCGUUGUGUCGGACUGUGCGACCGACUCUGUCUACAAGUAUGACGGCUCGGGGAAGUUCCUCCUCAGGUUUGGGGGCAGAGGAUGCGGCAAAGGUCAGCUGCGUUUCCCCCGCGGGGUCUGUACGGACAGUCAGGGCCACAUCAUCGUAGCAGACUCUUCCAACUGUCGAGUACAGAUAUUCACAAGUCGCGGCGAGUAUGUCUGCCAUGUCGACACAGGGGCUGGGAUACAGGGCGUCGCCGUGGGCCCGGAGGGUCAACUGGUACUCACGAAUUGGGAUGACGACACAGUGACUAUAUUUUCUAACAAUUAAUCAACAUCAUACAUUUUAUUCUCACUUCGCUCGAAGAUCCAACGUCCGGAGAACUUGAGAUUCCUGAUGAUUUUGUGUUAGCCGGGGGUACCUGGAAUUUUUGUUGACGUUCUCAGAAUUCUGCAAAACUGAAUUAUUACCUGGGUAUUGAUAACCUUUUUAGCAUUUACAUGUAGAUCUACGCCAUACUUGUAGUCAUUAAUUCAUUGGUCACUACUUUGAAAACAAGUUUUCCAAACAUAGUGUCGCCAGUUAUGACAAACAUAGCAACACUUGACAUCAAAUAUAAGGACACGGCACAAUGGUUCAGUCCCAGCUCAGUGGUUGAAAAUAUUUAUUCACUAACAGUGACUCUUCACAAAGUAAACAUUAAUUUCCCUAUAAAACAUGACUAUUCAAUACAAUUUGUGGGUGGCUUAUACCACUUUGCGAUGGGGGUCAACUUUGCCCAUUACAAAGCACAUAUUUCCAAGAAUUCACUCAGAAAAUGGCUGCAUUCAAAUAGUGCUAUCAAGUAUUAUCAAACAAAAAUGCACAAUUUUGUCUUUUGAUAUUCUCACGAAUUGGGAAAAAGCCAACAGCUACAAAUUGCAGUACUACACGGUACCAGGUGGCAUCACAAUUCUUACGGUGAUUUGCAACUAAUCACAAUUUACAACAAAAAGUAUGACACAUUUGCUUCAACAUCCAAGCCAGCAUUUUUCCUUAACUUAGCAUACGUAAAAGCACAGUGUGUGUGAUAGAAUUCUGCUUAAAAUGAUAGAACUCUUGCAUAAAAGUACAUCUUAAAAUGUCAAAACAUUCACAACAAAUUGAAUCUGACGUUGUAAAAACCAUUCAAAUAUGUCCGCACAAACCAAUCAUUUACAACAAUUCAUUUCUUCCAGAAACUUGCUAAAACUACUAACGGUAGGUAAAGGUAGUUCCUUAGCCUUUUUGAGACUGUAAAACAGGGGUUUUUAUCCACUGUGUGUAGGGCUCAGUAUUGGGAGGCAGAGCCCAUCCCUCUCCUUGCAUUGCCUUUUACCUCCCCAACUGAAGUCAGAUACCCGUACCCAUAUACAUUAUUACAUAGAUGGAGUGAGGAAAUAUGUGUAAAGUCCCUCUCCCAAGAGCACAAGAUCAUCAGUAGCAUGCCAGGGGACUCAAACCCAGGACCUCUAGGUUCUAGGCCAAAUACCCUAAU